AUGGGAGUCGAGCCAGAGGGAGGCAGUUCUUUAUCUCUUUCUCCGUCAGGUUUAUAAGCACUGUUGCGAUGCAUGAGGGCAGAAGAGGCUGAUGUAUUAAUUGGGAUCAGCAAUCCAAAUCUUCCAAAAAGAAUCAAAGAAGGAGUGUGUAACCGGAACGCCGUCUGGUGGGAGGGUGUUUACUCACGCACACGUGGAUGCUCUAAAAGGAAGCAUACGUUCUCCUCCAGAAAAGGUUUCGCUGGAAUGGGUAAUCUUCUAAAAGUCCUUACAAGGGAAAUAGAGAACUAUCCACAUUUUUUCCUGGACUUUGAAACAGUGACAGGAGGAGCCGGAACCUCAGUCUCAGAGCUCUUAUAAGACACUUUUCCCUCUUUGCCUUCUUGUGGUGAAAGUUUAUGCUUCCUGCUGUCCAAUGCAGUUUGUGUUUGAAUUAGUACCAUAUAGAGUUUAGAUUCAGUUUUGAACAGCUUCUAAAUUCACCAUGUCAGGCAGAGGGAAUUUUGUAUGUAGGAGCAUGAGACUUCACUCUUUAACACUCAGUGUGACAUCCUGUGAUUUUUUUUUUUUUUUUUUUUACAGUCUUUGAUAUGCAACACCUUUCUUUUCUCUCUCUCUCUUUCUACCUUUUUUUUCUUCUUUCUCUUCGUGCUCUUCUGUUUCAGAAACCAAAUGGGGAAUCUGUUAAAAGUGCUCACUUGCACAGACUUUGAUCAGGGGCCAAACUUUUUCCUUGACUUUGAAAACGCACAACCAACAGACUGUGAGAGAGAAGUGUGGAACCAGGUGAAUGCUGUUCUCCAGGAGUCUGAGAGCAUCCUCUCUGGCCUUCAAGCCUACAAGGGUGCAGGCCAGGAAAUACGAGAUGCAAUUCAGAAUCCUAACGACAUGCUCCUUCAGGAAAGGGCAUGGAACUCUGUGUGUCCCCUUGUCAUCCGGCUAAAGAAGUUCUAUGCGUUUUCAUUGAAACUAGAGCAAGCGCUGCAGAGUCUUUUGGAGUCUCUGACGUGUCCACCAUACACUCCCACUCAGCACCUGGAGAGAGAGCAGGCCCUCGCUAAACAGUUUGCUGAAAUCCUGCAUUUCACCCUCCGCUUUGAUGAGCUUAAGAUGAGAAUACCAGCCAUCCAGAAUGACUUCAGCUACUACAGAAGAACAAUCAGUCGAAACCGAUUAAACAACAUGAAUCUUGAUAUUGAAAAUGAGGUCAAUAAUGAAAUGGCAAACAGAAUGUCUCUGUUCUAUGCUGAAGCCACGCCGAUGUUGAAGACCUUGAGCACAGCAACAACAAACUUUGUGACAGAGAAUAAGACAUUACCUCUUGAGAACACCACAGACUGCCUGAGCACUAUGGCAAGUGUUUGCAAGGUCAUGCUGGAGACACCAGAAUACACAAGUCGAUUCAACAGUGAAGAUACACUUUUAUUUUGUAUGAGGGUGAUGGUGGGGGUUAUUAUCCUUUAUGACCAUGUGCAUCCAAAUGGUGCCUUCAACAAAUCCUCAAAAAUCGAUAUGAAAGGAUGCAUUAAGGUGUUAAAAGAUCAGCCUGCAGAUAAUGUGGAAGGUCUCCUUAAUGCCCUCAAGUUCACCACAAAACACCUGAAUGAUGAGUCCACUCCAAAAAAUAUCAGAACAAUGCUCCAGUAAUGGUUUUUAAGUGAAUCGGGUCAAUAUCCUGACCUCUAAAGAUGUAUAUGUUUACAAUUAUUUAAGGACUUGAUGUUAAUACUUGGGUGUAUUUACAUAAUCAUUCCCUCCGAGUAACUGCAAUGUAAAAAAAAAAAAAAAGCAGACCUUUAUUCUAAACAAACUGCCUAUACUGUUGUUGACAGAAGCACAAAUGAAGAAAAAAACCAAGCAGCCUUAUACAAAUUCAUGGAAAAAAGAAAUCAUCUGCCAUUUUCUUUCAAAUAUAUAACAGUGAUCAUGUUAACCAAAGGGGCUAAAACAUUGGUUGUGAGUUACAGUGAAAUCAUAUUGGCUAAAGCCUUGUCAAUAUUGAAUGAGUAAAGUGUGUUGGUAUGGUUGUGCUUUUGUAUUUUGUAAGGUAAUGACAAGAAAAGAUAAGAGAAAAAAAAACUAUGUAAAAUAAUCUGUUGUUUUUGUUCAUUUCCCUAAAUCUGUGGUCCGACUGAAGGUGGAGAUCAGCAUUUUUUUUGUCAUUAUGUGAUGAGUGCUCUUUGUUUUUUUGUGCCUCUUUGUUUCUAACACAUUCGAUAUUCAUCAAUACAGCUUUAAAAUCUAAAAUAAAAUUGACAUUUUGAUUAUA